UUAUGACGUCGCCAUGACGACACUUCUUUGCUGAUAUCGCCAUUGUAGUGAUAAUCAUAUUGCUGUCACCUUACUACUAUUUUGCUGCUUUUUGCCUCGUAUUGUGCUCUCCGUCGUCUCUGCACACUAUGAGCUCCUACGCCCAAGCUGUUGACCUCGUGAUCAGGUUCCCCUUGAACUUUGACAUCUGGGCCCCUCCUCGCCAACGUCGUCCUGGGAGAUACAUGACCAUCCUUGACCCCCUGUCAGAGCUGCCCACCCCUCCCACCUCUCUCCCUGCCCCUCUCUCUACCCCCGUCCUCAGUGAUGCCCCUCACUUCGUCGAAAUCAACCUCGCUGAUGACGACACCCCGACCCAGUCCCAAGUUCGAGUCUUCCUGUCACGUGUGUCAGGAUUCUUGAGGAGAGUGUUCCGUGUCAAGAUGGACGCUUAGAGUGACAUCUUGCUAUCUCUUGGACGAUGUGUCGUAUAAUAAUGAAUUAUAUUGAACCAUAAAUACAAGAUAUUUUGUGCGUUUGGCAGUUUUGGACAUUUUGGGAACAUCUUUUUCUACUUUUCGGACCUUUCGAACACUUUGUGCUUUUGGCUUUUUUCAGUUACACAUUUUGGCCCUUUCGAGUGUUUCGUGUCAAGAUGGACGCUUGGAGUGACAUCUUACUCAUUCUUGAACGCUGUGUCAUAUAAUGAUUAAUUACAUUCAAUCAUAAAUAUCAGAUAUAUUGUGGUUUUGGCAUUUUCGGACCUUUCGGACACUUUGUGCUUUUGGUUGUUUUCAUACGCUAUUUGUAUUAUACGUUUAAAGACGUAUAUUUUGAUUAACACAUUUAGGCACUUUCGGACAAGGUUUUAACUUCUAUUUUAUUUGAUUAAAUCGAUUACCAAUCAAUAAUAGCUAUUAAAGAUUGUCUUUAGUUUUAGCUCCUUUGUUUUGUCUUUUGUUAAAUAACACCCGAAAAUCAAUCAAGCAACGUGUGGCAUGUUCAGAAACUGCAUAUAACGUUUACAGCAUCAUCGGUUGUUCGUGUGGACUCAUCACAACAGAUAGUUACAGAUUCUGACUCGAUUCUUUGCAUCUCUCUCAACAUAUUUGCUAUAGCAUAUAACAUAGACUUACAAUACUAAGGGUGCCAGGUGACCUGUUGGUACGCGGGACUCGGGGUCUAUUUAGAGGGUAUUCGGGAUUCAACAUCCAUCCUUGAUGUCUUAUGUAACUGUACGAAGCAGGAGGCGCAUUCAUCGACUCUAGGGACGAGCUUAUAGAAAUAUUCCGGCCAAAUCCCGACGAUGGACAUCAAGUCACUAGCCUAUACUGUAGUCUGUCUUUGAAUAUACGUAAGUGUGUGAGUGAGUG